AUGACAAUAAUGAGGAACGGGACAGAAGUAACAGAGUUCAUUCUGCUGGGACUCACCAGUGACCCAGACCUGCAGCUUCCACUCUUUAUCACCUUCCUUCUCAUCUACACCAUCACCCUGGUGGGAAACCUAGGGAUGAUCCUGCUGAUUGUCCUGGACUCUCGGCUCCACACCCCUAUGUACAUUUUCCUUGGUAAUCUUUCGCUGGUAGAUUUCUGUUACUCUUCAGCUGUCACCCCCACAGUCAUGACUGAGCUUCUUGGUGGAGACAAGAUCAUUUCUUACAAUGAUUGUGCUGCUCAGAUGUUCUUUUUUGGAGCCUUUGCUACUGUGGAGAAUUAUCUGUUGGCCUCCAUGGCCUAUGAUCGCUAUGCAGCAGUGUGUAAGCCCUUACACUAUGCCACCAUCAUGACUACAAGGGUGUAUACAUGGCUUAUCACUAGCUCUUAUGUCAUCAGUUUCAUGAGUACCUCCAUCCAUAUUGCAGACAUAUUUACUCUCUCCUUCUGCAAGUCCAAUGUGAUCCAUCACUUUUUCUGUGAUGUUCCUGCAAUAAUGGCUCUCACUUGUUUUGAUAAUCAAGUUAGGGUACUUGUUCUUUUUUACAUUGCGAGUUCAAAUGUGCUUUUUGCUCUAAUAGUUAUUUGUACAUCUUACAUAUUAAUUUUUGUCACCAUCUUAAAGAUGCACUCAGCUUCAGGACAUCACAAGGCUAUAUCCACCUGUGUUUCUCACUUCACUGCAGUCUCCAUUUUCUAUGGAACUGUCAUUUUUAUGUACUUACAGCCUAGCUCCAGUCAUUCCAUGGACACAGACAAAGUUUCAUCUGUAUUCUACACCAUGGUCAUUCCCAUGCUGAAUCCUCUAGUCUACAGCCUGAGAAACAAGGAGGUGAAGAAUGCAUUUAUAAAGAAAAUGCAAAAGGCAAAAUUCUCAUAA